GUACAGCUUGCAAGUCACAGUGCCCAAAGACUCGCCGGCCUACCACUGGACCCCGACCUACUGGCAGACCAAGCGACUGGAGUGGAUGCAGAAGAGCGGUGGAGCUCAAAUCUCACUCUCCCAUGGAGGAGCUUUCUCCGAACCGCAGCCGGAGGAUGAUCCGGUUGAACUGAUUUACAUCUUCCCAAGGGAGACGGAGAAAGGGCGGGGUCAGGAACGACCGGACAUGAGGCAUCGAAACUGGGCAAAGGACCUGAUCGACCAUGAAGUCCUGGGCAAGCCUUUGUCGUACGCGCAGCAGGCCGACGAGCCCGAAAGGUACGUUGCGCCACUGCUGCAGCGUGUACUGGACUUUGUGAAGCGCAGUGGCGGAGAAGUACCGAUCCCUACUGUGCUGAAGAUGUUUGGCAAGGAGCUCACGGGAGAGAACGGCCAGACCAAUGUGCAGCGAAUUCGGUUCCUUGCAUGG